AUGUUUUUCGUUUCAUAUUGUCUAGCCUAAAUUGUUGAAGUUAAAUUCAAUUAAUAAUAAAGGUGGUCAAGUGAGUUUAAGAAUUCAACAAACAAUACUUUUAGGAUUGCACCUUUGGACAAGGUCGAAUAAUUUUAUUAUAUUCAAAUUGAACUAAAUAUCACAAAUCCAAAAUUUAUGUUGUUAGCUCAAAAGAAUUACCCAAUUUCUAAUCCAUUUUCGCCAAUGCUGUUAGAUGGAGAAAAUAUUGAUGCCACAAAUCAAUAUGAAAACCGUGAUUUAAGAUAUCUCAAAAUUGCAUCUAUUGAUCAACCUAUUUACAUUACAACAUUGGGUGAAGGGGUUGAUUAUAAGAUAUCAGUUGAAAAAUCAGAGAAUCAGAAUAUUUGUUAGAAUCAAUGUUCGAAUCAUGGCGAUUGUCAGGUAUCAUUACACUUAUUCUAGAAACAAGGCUGUUUUUGUCUCAUCGGAUAUACAGGAAUAGAUUGUAGUCAAAAUUCCACUCCAAUAAUAGAUAAUAUGUCAAUUCCUGGAAACCAAAAUGAAAAAACUUACUUUUCUUUAUUAUAUUUACCUACAACUUCUCUUUAGGGCUAUUAAUACACUCUAAAAUUCAAAACAAAUAACUAUGUUGGUUUAUAAAUUAUAGUCUACAAGACUUCAGCUAUCAUUAAUCCUUUGAAACAACUCAUAUCUGACCCAAAUUUAUGUGAUAUCUAUUAAGUUUCUAAAAAUAAAGAAUUAGAACUACUUCUAAGAGUACCUGAAAUUCCUUAGCAAAGAAAUAGAUUAAAUUUUGCAAUUAAGACGGCUUUCCCUGAUUAUUUAAUGCAAGAUCUGGAGAUCUCUUUAUAAGAAUAUGUCGAAGAGGAGGUUGUUGAUUUAUCAGACACUAUGAUAAUUAUCAUUUCAAUUGGCUGUGUUGUUUUUGUAUCCUUAAUCAUAAUGUUCUUCUGUUAUAGACAGUAUAAAAAAAAAUAAGCAGCACAAAGAAGAAUGAUAAUGCAGAAUUAAGAACCUCUGCAUUCAGGACAUGAGAACCAUCCUAUUAUACAAUAAGAGAUCAAUCUUGAAGAAGUUUGUUAAAAAAAUUGUUUAUGUAAACUUUCUUCAAAGGAACUCAAUCCAGAGGAGUAUUGUUCUAUUUGUUUAGAACCUCUAGAUUCAGCCUAAGAAGUCAGAUAAACUAGAUGCCAUCAUAAUUUUCAUAUCAAAUGUAUAAAAUUGUGGUUGGAGAAAGCGAAGCAUGAAUGUCCUAUUUGUAGAUAAUAACUUGAACUUAAACCCUAGGAUGAAAUUAUGAGAACUUGA